UUACUGAUAAAAUCGUCAGAGCAGCGCUGACAACACGUUUAUGUGCGAGUGUGUGCCCGUAUGUGUGUUCGUUUGGCUGGGAGAGAGAGCAUGUCUAUGCAUAAUAAAACGUAAUUUGUGUCAAAAACAUUUAAAUAAUAUGUCUUUUUUUAUCCUAUUUACUAUAUGUAUUUGCUUGGUCACGUAUUGCUGUGAGUUUUGGUUAUUUUGCUGUUUUGGGCUGUAAAAUAACUGUCCGUGCGUUUCAUUCACACGUUCGUCAACCAAUCAGAUUCAAGCAUUUUACAGCCCCCGUAGUAGUAACCAUGGUAGUAACUGUAAACAACGUAAAUGCUAUCUGACUUUAAAGAGGCUAGCACAAUGGCUAAAAAAAGAAAAGUGGACUGCGAAUAUAGACAAUUCCAACCAAGAUGGGAGACCGAAUAUUUAUUCUGUGAAUACAAAGAAAAGCCAAUGUGUCUCAUAUGUCAAGAGUCACUCGCGGUUUUUAAAGAAUAUAAUUUAAGAAGGCAUUUCGAAACGAAACAUGUUCAAUAUGGAAACAUGGACAUGGAACUGCGACUGCUUAAAGUCAAAGAACUAAAACACAAACUUCAGCUACAGCAAAACAUGUUUACUCACAUGAACAGUCAAGGUGAGGGAGCUGUAAAGGCAAGCUUCAUAAUUGCAGAGGAGAUAGCAAGAGCAUGCAGGCCGUUCACAGAGGGAGAAUUUAUUAAAAACUGUAUUGAAAAGGUAUGUGGUGUUGUGUGCCCGGACAAAAAGCAAGCCUUUGCCAACAUCAGCCUUUCCCGAAACACCAUGGCUAGUCGCGUGGAUGAGCUGGGCUCCGACUUAAAGAUCCAGCUAAAAGCAAAAGCUAAGGACUUUGUUGCAUAUUCGUUGGCUAUAGAUGAGAGUGCAGACAGAACGGACACUGCCCAGCUCGCUAUAUUCAUUCGAGGGGUAGAUGAUAGGUUUUCCGUUACUGAUGAACUUUUGGAUUUAAGAGCAAUUCACGGUACAACAUCUGGACAGGACCACUUUUCACAAGUGGAGCAGUGCGUCAACGAAACGGAAUUGCAGUGGAAUAAACUUGUUGUGCUGACAACUGAUGGUGCGCCUGCGAUGUCCGGGGAGGUCCGUGGUUUGGUCGGUUUGGUACGAGAAAAGGUGAGGCACACGGGAGAAAACCUCACAGCCUACCACUGCAUCAUUCACCAGGAGGCCCUCUGUGGAAAGGUGUUGGGCAUGGGACAUGUAAUGACAGUCGUAAACAAAACAGUAAAUUUUAUUCGUUCACGGGGAUUGAAUCACAGGCAAUUCAGAGCUCUUUUAGAAGCGGAAAGCUCUGUGCACGAGGAUGUGCCAUACUACACAGAGGUCCGCUGGCUUAGUCGGGGUAAAGUGUUGCGAAGAUUUUAUGAUACCCGCAUUGAGAUCGCUAGUUUCAUGGAAAGCAAACAAAAGGUCAUUCCUGAGCUUGAGGAUGAAAAAUGGCUGAGUGACUUGUCAUUUUUGUGUGACAUAACAGAGCACCUCAACACUCUUAAUGUAAAACUCCAGGGUCAAAAGCAGCUGAUCACUAAAAUGCGAGACUCCGUAAAGGCGUUUCAAAUGAAACUGCGUCUGUGGGAGGGCCAGAUGCGCCAAGGCCACCCGUCUCACUUUCCUAUUUGUCAGUCAGUCAGGGACACAGUAACCAUCCCGUUCCCGGCUGAAUUGUAUGUCGACAAAUUGAACACACUGAGAGUGGAAUUCUGCCGGAGAUUUACUGAUUUUGAAAGACAGAAAUUCAACCUUGACCUGUUCGCGAAUCCAUUUGCAGUUGACGUUGACACUGCGCCUGAGCACUUACAGAUGGAACUCAUCGAAUUGCAAUGUAACACUCAUCUAAAGAGCCGAUACGAGUCAGUUGGGGCAGCUGAGUUUGCACCUCUACUCCCUGAAUCAAUGCCACAGCUUCGCCUUCACGCUGCACGCAUUAUGUCUAUGUUCGGAAGCACAUACUCAUGCGAGCAGAUGUUCUCCAUAAUGAAGUUGACCAAGACAUCUCACAGAUCGCGCCUCACGGACCAGCAUCUGGUCUCGGUAAUGAAAGUGGCCAUGGCAAAGGACAUUAACCCUAGAAUAGACGAGAUCGUUUCUAAGAAAAGAUGCAGAGUGUCUGGUAAGAGUUAAAAAACAAAGAAAGAAAAAGAAGAGCCUAAUUUGCUUAGGUUUGCACUUCAAGUUCAAAUUGUCUUUUUAAAGAGCUCCUAAAAUAAGCCAAAUAAUAAAAUUCAGAUGUCAUUUGUUAUC